AUGGGUCGGAAGCAGAAGAUCACCAAGGAUGCUGAGGAUGGGGAUGGCGGCUCCAUGCAGGACAUCCGCAGCACGUUCCAACGUCUCCAAGCGAUGAUGGCCAUGACAAGUCCGACCAACCCAAUGUUGCAGAAUGCGCCCAAGCCCGCAAUCAACCCCAUGAACAUGGCGAUGAUGGGUGGAAACCCGCUCAUGGCGCAGAUGGCUUUGCAUGCCCAGACACCAUCAGCCUCCAACCCUCCAACUGGAGAAGCAGCCGCAGGCAAUGAUGCUGGCAAGAAGUGGGAGAUCAAGCCUGGACUGAAGCCUGGCGAUUGGACAUGUCCACGAUGCGAAGCUAACGUCUACGCGUCCAGGUUCAACUGUUGGAGAUGUGGAGUUUCCAAGAGAGGCGAUACUCAACAGGACUACAUCUCUGAGCAUGGCCGGAUCCACCCAGACAUACAAGAGCUGUGUGACGCAUUCUAUGUCGAGACACGGCACAUUGAGAAGCUGAAUGAGCUCAUGAAGUAUCGGCUGGAUACAUGGGACGAGGAUUUGAGGAAGCUGAGAGAAGUCAUGGAGAAGGCCCGGUCGCCAUGCGGAAUGUUGGUCACGAAGAUGAAAGAGAUUGAAGAUGGCACCUUCGUUGCAGUGAAUCGCGACAAAAGGAUGAAGCACCUCGUCGACAAAUUCAAGUUGGACAAGAUAGCAGAGACGAGCAUUUCGGAUAUCCUGGCUAGAUGUUCGGAAGAGAAGAAGGACGAGUACUACUAUGACCUGGAAAGGCAUUUUGAGUGUUCUGGCAAGCCGUCUGCCACUGCCAUGAUGAUUAUGAAGAAGAUGGCUAAUGGAGAGCCGCUUGGUCCGCCAGGGAAACCCGGCAAGGGCAGCUACCUGGAGCGAAUGCAGAACGAAGGCAAAGAGGGCAAGGAACGCGGAGGCACCCGGCCAGAGGAGGACCGAGACCGUCGCGAGCGUUCCAGCCGUCGCGAUAACCGACGCGAAGCUGGACGUGAUGGGCGCUAUGACCGGGAGAUGCGUGAUGGUCGGGAGGGCCGCCCUGGCCGGGACGACCGUCGGGAUGACCGCCGGGAUGACCGCCGGGAAGACCGUAGAGAUGAACGAAGGGAGGAUCGCCGGGACGACCGUCGAGAUGACCGGCGGGAUGACCGUCGAGAUGACCGGCGGGAUGAACGAAGAGAGGACAGGAGACGAGACAGCCGUGAGCGCUCAGAACGAGGACGAGGCGAUGGUCGGAAGGGGGCCGGGAAAGGAAAGGAGGAGGAGCGAGGGGCCCCUCGCGAUCCCAAGCCGUUUGUUCCGCAGCCGAAAGGAAUGGAAGCUCCGGAGCGGGGUGAAGGCUGCCCAGAGGCCAUUGGGCUACAUGGUAAGGCUGCCGCCGAAGCCCUCCAAUCUGGGGCUGAGCGGGUACGGCGCGAACUGCAGGCAAAUUUGCAGGCCAUGAUCCGGAAGGCCAUUGCGGAGGGUCGUCCUAUGGAGGAAUGGACCGCCUGA